AUGGCUAAAUUUUUUGAUAAUCUUUGGGAAAAUCUACUUGUAAUCUUUUUGGGAAUUUUACCUUUGAUUUAGAAUUUAGUAGGGUUAGCAUGGAAAAAGUAGAAUUAAAGUAAAACAUUCUAAACUAUCCAUAGAUUAUAAAGCUAUGAGAUUAUAGUUUAAAGAAAAAAAAAAAAUUUUCAUUCUUAAUUUAUGUUCAAUUUAUACAAAAAUAGCAAUAUUGUGUAUGUUUACAUUUUUAUCAAUAUUGCAAAUAAUCAUUGACACUUAAUUUCAUUCAGAGUAUAUUAUGCUUUUAGUUUAGUUACGUUUUGAUUACAAUUAUAGAAUUUUGUUAGAUAAUAAAUUAUUUGUUAGCAGGAUUACAAGUAUUUGAAGAUGCAGAUAAAUAUGGAUAAACAACAUUUGUAACUCAAUGCAAUUUCAUAGUAUUAUAUGGAAUAUCUAUAUAGUUACAAUUUCUUUGUUUUUGUGGAUUUGCAGUAAUCUUAUUUACUUGGCAGAUGAAUAACAAAGAAUAUGUGAUAAGACAUGAAGACAUAAGUUGUUGGUUAAUGUUCAUCCUUAGAGGAGUAGUGCUUUUACUAUUUUCUAUAUUAGUGUUUUUUAUACCCUAAGAUAAGAAACUGCUUUAAACUGUUGUAUAAGAGUACAAAUACAAAUUAUCAUUGCUUGGUAAUGAUGAUGAGACAUUAAUAAGAUAAUAAUUAUUGACAAAUGAAUCAAACUUUACAUUUUGUUAGCCAGAGAACUAAUAGUAAUAAUAGAUUACAAAUAUUGAAGUAAAAUCAUAUUAAGACAACAAAGACAAAGAUACUCAACGAAAAUAUAUAAUUUAUGAAAUUACAUACUAAUUUUCUGGAAGACAUAAAAUAGUAUUUAGAUCUUUCAGUGAUUUUUUAACAUUUCACAGAGAUUUUACUACAAUAUAUCCAUAAAUUAUCUUACCAUCUUUUCCUCAAUUGACAAAAUAUUUAACACCAUAAGAUAUUGAAAAUCGAAGAUAACAAUUAGAUAACUUUUUGAAAACAUUAUCAACUAUAUUAGGAGAUAAUGAAUUGCUUAAAGAUUUUUUGAAUGCAAAUGGGUAAAGCUUAUAGUACAAAGCAAAAAUACCUUUGCCAAAAUCUGAAUCAUAAAAACCAAAGAAAAUAGCACCACAAUAAUAAUAUUCAAAAGCUAAAUCAAUAUAAAGUUUAAUUCCUGAAACAAUUUGGGAAGGAUAGGGUGAUGAAGAUGAGGAGAGUAUUGAAGUUGAUACAAGAAAAACAAAGAAAGCUUCAACAUAUGCAAAUAGGAAUUUGGGAGAGGAAAGACAAUAUUAAAGAUUUAGUAGUUCUUCUAAUCUUGAUGAAGAUCAAAGAAAUUAUAAUUUUGAGAAACCAUCAGAUGGUAUUUUAAAUAUAAUAUAUAUUUAGAUUAGAUAGUUUAUGAUUAAUUUUAAGAUAACAGUCACUCUUUUGAAGAGGAAGAAAAACAUUCAUUAGAAAAUAUGAGAAUAAUGUAAUGA